GAGUCCGGAUCUGUAAGUUAUGGAGGUGACUACAAAAUUGCUUCUACAAUUGAUAGCUUUAUUCUCACAAUCGUUCGUAAACGCGCAGUAUUAUGCGGUGUCCCCGUACCAAUACUACUCGCAGCCGAGUUGCUCCUGUUGCUCUCCGCCGCUGCAGAUACCAGCGCCGUCCAUACCUCCGGUCUACGUGACUUUGCCCACUCCUCCGCCGUUCUGUAUAACUCCCCCAGCACUCCCUCCGAUGAUGAUUGAACUGCCAACACUCCCGCCGUUCACAAUAUCUCCUCCACCUUCUCCUCCAUUCAUGGUGUCUCCGCCGCCUUUGCCGCCAUUUACGAUUGCUCCUCCGCCGCCCCCUCCGAUUUGCGUCAACCCACCCCCGUUACCGCCUAUGUGCAUAAGUCCGCCGCCCCCGCCCCCGAUGUACGUCAAUCCGCCCGUGCCGCCUCCGCUACUACUGGACCUGCCAUUACCUCCGCCGAUCAUAAUUGAACUACCAGCUCCUCCGCCGAUUAUAGUGCAGCCGCCACCGCUGGGUCAGCUGAUGGUGCAACCGCCGCCAUUGCCGCCGAUGCCCGUUCAAGCGCCGCCACCACCACCUAUGAUGGUGCAGCCGCCGACACCGCCUUCUGUUGUUAUUCAGCCGCCUCCUCCACCGCCUAUGACGGUGCAGCCUCCGCCUCCCCCGCCGAUGUGUGUGCACCCGCCGCCCCCAGCGCCGAUCAGUGUGCAGCCGCCUCCAUUGCCUCCGGUGUGUGUACAGCCGCCCCAGCUUCCGCCAUUGAUGGUACAGCCUCCACCGUUGGAACCAUUCUGUAUUCAGCCGCCUCCUCCCGGUCCAAUAUGCUUCCAGUCUUCGCCACCGUGUUGCGGACCGCCACCACCUUGUCCCUGUGGUCGCGGUCCUCCUUUAUAUUUCUGACCAGAGUCCAGCAUUAAUGUAUUCGAUCAGAAGCAAUAAAUACAAUGUUUUUUACGCAUCUGCUAAGCUAUUAAUUUAAGACAAUUAUUUAAUCUAAUUUUAUCUAUGAAAUAAUCAUACUGUAUUGUGUUUAGUGUCAAGUAAUUUUUAAGAAAUAAUAAAUUAAUAAUGUAUUUAUUAUGUAAGUCUAUCCAUCUAAGCAAUAAAAAAAAAAAAA